GAAUCUCUCUAUCUAAAAGUGGGCACCCUCAUUUAACUCUUCUUUUUUUUUCUUUGUUUCUCUCUCUUUCCACCAUUGGAGGGUUUGUCUAUGGUGUUAGUGAAAUCUCAAACAGCACUAUAUUCAACACAUAAUAAUAAAAAAUAAAAAUAAAAAAGAGCUUUCUCUAAUGGCACCCACUAGGAUUGCACGAUCCUAAUCAUUUUCUGAGUCUCCAUUCGGUAUAUUUGCUGAAAAUUUUCUCUAUAAUACCAUCUUCUUUCAAUUUUUUGUAAUGUGGGAUUCUUUCUUUUUAGGAUAUAAUUGGUAGAAAUGGUGAGGCAAAGAAUCCAGAUCAAGAAGAUUGAUAAUGUAACUGCAAGGCAAGUAACUUUUUCAAAGAGAAGAAGAGGUUUGAUCAAGAAAGCUCAGGAACUUUCAACUCUUUGUGAUGCUGAAAUUGGUCUUAUUGUUUUCUCUUCUACUGGAAAGCUUUUUGAGUACUCAAACACAAGGAUGCCCCAAGUUCUUCAACGGCAUAUGCUACAUGCAGACAACCUCAACAAAUUAGAGGAAUCCUCAGUUCAGUUGGAGGCUGAGGAUAGUAUGUGUAAAAUACUAACCAAAGAACUGGAGGACAAGACUCGAGAAGUAAGCCGAAUCAGUGGAGAAGACCUUGAUGCAUUGAGCCUUGAUGAGCUUAUGAAAAUUGAAAGACAAGUUGAAAGGGGUCAAAUCAAAGUUCGCCGAGCCAAGGAAGAAAAACUUCGGAAAGAAAUUGUCAACCUCAAACGAAAGGAGAUGGAAAUGGCGAAGGAGAAUCAAAUGUUAAAGGAACAGAUGAAAGAUGUGUCUACUCAACAAUUUUCCUUGCUGCAAUUGGCUCAAAGUCUAAAAUCUGAUGUCAAUCUUCCUUCAUCUGCUCAAAUCCGAUGGCAACCCCCAGAACUCAACUUAAUCUCUAAUAAUUUUCUCACAUUGGGCCCUCCUGUACAGAGUGGAAAUUUAUGAAGCAAUUUGCAAUAAAUCCAUGGAGAGUGUGAAAACAUAAUCCAUAUGGUCACAGAGAAGGAUAAGGCUGUAGAUUUUGUUAAAUGUAAUACUCCUUGAAUGUUUUGGCCUUGUAAUUAUUGUCACAUCUGUAAAACUACUAAAAUAAGUAAAUUACAUCUCUGCCUC